GGAGAGGGGCGCUCGGGGACUAGGUACGGAGCCGCUCCCGCUUCUGCUCCCGGGGCGGGAGGAGGCAGGUGAGAAGCUGGGGUCGCAGGGCCGGGUGGCGCGAGGUUUGACGCUGAGACCCAGGACGACCUCGGGCCGGGCUCCCGGCUUCUCUGGCUCAGUGUCCCCGACUCUGGGAGUCCGUCCCGAGCGGUCGGCGAACUUGAAUCUGAAGUGGUUUGGAGCUUUGGACCAGCAGUAGGCUUCCCGGUUCCGAGCCUCAGUUUCCACCGCUAAGAAACGGGAUCACGAUAGUACAUGGCUUGUUGUGCGGUUCGUGUCUUAUAUUAAGGAUUGUCAGGAGCCAUGCUGUCAGAAGUCCUGCUGGUGUCUGCUCCAGGGAAAGUCAUCCUUCACGGAGAGCACGCCGUGGUCCACGGCAAGGUGGCACUGGCUGUGGCCUUGAACUUGAGAACAUUCCUCCGGCUUCAGCCCCACAGCAAUGGGAAAGUGUGCCUCAACUUACCAAACAUUGGCGUCAAGCAGGCCUGGGAUGUGGCCAGGCUUCAGCUGCAGGACACGAGCUUUCUGGAGCAAGGUGACGCCACGGCGCCCACUGCAGAGCAAGUGGAGAGGCUGAAGGAGGUGGCGGGCUUCCCCGAGGACGGCGCCAGCCCCGAGCGCCUGGCCGUGCUGGCCUUCCUCCACUUGUACCUGUCCAUCGGCCGGAAGCAGAGGGCCCUGCCCAGCCUGGACGUCAUGGUGUGGUCACAGCUGCCCACCGGGGCCGGCCUGGGUUCCAGCGCUGCCUACUGUGUGUGUAUGGCCGCCGCUCUCCUGACUGUAUGUGAGGAGAUCCCAAACCCACAGAAGGACGGGGAGUCCGCCAGCAGGUGGACCGUGGAGGAUUUGGAAUUAAUUAACAAGUGGGCCUUCCAGGGGGAGAGAGUGAUUCAUGGGAACCCCUCCGGAGUGGACAACGCCGUCAGCACCUGGGGAGGAGCACUCCGAUUCCAACAAGGAAAGAUCUCCUCCCUAAAGAGAUCGCCGAGAGCUUAGAGGGAGAAGUCAUGCAUGGCUGUGCCGGUCACUUUCCGGAGAGCGACUGCUCCCCCAGACCCCUGGCCUGUCAGUCAUUUAAUCCAUGCGCUUGUGUAUUCAUUUUGCAAACCAGAAUUGAUAUCUGCCUGUGUUCCUGGGCGACGCUGUACUAGGGUCUCGGGCUAUACAGUUGAGUCGCAG